AUGAGAGUCCUCGUCUGUCCUUCCGGCUUCAAAGGCAGUAUCGAUUCCCAUGCUGCAGCAAACUGCAUUGAGGAAGGCAUCCUACGUGCUAUACCAACUGCAUCUAUCCGAAAGGUUCCACUAGCUGAUGGCGGCGAAGGAUUUGCUCUCGCGUUAGUAGAAAGCGCAGGAGGUUAUAUUCGCAGUGCCACUGUCACUGGUCCAACUGGGAAGCUCAUCCGCUCUUACUAUGGGGUCCUUGGGGACGAGCAGAAAACCGCAGUGGUCGAGAUUGCCGCUGCCGCUGGACUCAGUCUGGUGCCCCCAAACUGUCGAAACCCUUGCAUCACAACUAGUUUUGGCGUCGGCCAACUGAUUGCUGCUGCAUUGGACGAAGGUGUGCGGCGUAUCAUCAUUGGAUGUGGAGACUCUGGAACAAGCGAUGGCGGUGCAGGCAUGCUUCAAGCACUCGGAGCACGACUGAUUGACAUCAAUGGGAAUGAACUUCCUCAGGCAGGUGGGGGAGCGAGCUUAGUCUCGCUUGCGGAUAUUGAUUUUGCGGGCUUCGACCCGCGCCUGAAGAAGACUCGCAUUGAGGUCGUCUGUAACUGGCAGAAUGUCCUCUGUGGGCCAUACGGCGUGGCUCGUGUCUAUGCACCCCAGAAGGGUGCAACCCCCCAGCAAACAGAGAUCUUGGCAACAGCUCUGGACAUAUAUGCCUCUGUUGCUGAACGGAAGCUUGGACGAAGUGUCUCCAACGCCCCUGGUAGCGGUGCAUCGGGAGGCAUGGGGACAGGGUUCCUCCUCAUUGGGGCAGAGCUACGCCCACGAUAUGAAGCCGUUAUGCAGUAUUUCAAUAUCGAGGGCUUGUUCGAUGACUGUGAUUUGGUUAUUACUGCAGAAGGAGCAAUUGAUUACCAGACUCCGAGGGGAAAGAUCCCGGCCGAGGUUGCAACAAGAGCUAGGAAAUACAAGAAGCCCGUGAUUGUGCUGGCUGGGUCGAUAGGAGACAAUGCGGAUGCAAACUACGAUGUUGGCAUCAAUGCAUACACGUCUAUCUUGCAGCGACCAUCAACCUUGGACGAGGCUAUAGAUGAAGCAGAACGACUAUUGAUAGAGGGUGCAGAGGGAGCAAUGCGGAUGGUGAUGGUGGGAAGAAUGCUGAACAGCAGUCUUGCCUGGAAGACCAGAUGA